CCAUUAAAAGAAGAGAAUGGAUUGGGGAGCUCUGCAUACCAUUUUAGGAGGUGUAAAUAAGCACUCCACCAGCAUCGGGAAGAUAUGGCUCACAGUCCUGUUCAUCUUCCGUAUCAUGAUCCUGGUUGUGGCUGCAGAGAGAGUCUGGGGAGAUGAACAAGAUGACUUUAUCUGCAACACUCUGCAACCCGGUUGCAAGAAUGUUUGCUAUGAUCACUUUUUCCCCAUCUCUCACAUCAGACUCUGGGCCCUGCAGCUGAUCUUUGUUUCCACACCUGCGUUGUUGGUGGCAAUGCAUGUAGCUUACAGGAGGCAUGAGAAGAAGAGGCAGUUCAGAAAGGGAGACCAGAAAUGUGAAUACAAGGACAUUGAAGAAAUCAGAAAACAGAGGUUUCGUAUUGAGGGCUCCUUGUGGUGGACGUACACUAGCAGCAUCUUCUGCAGACUGGUCUUUGAAGCAGUCUUCAUGUAUGCGUUUUAUUUCAUGUACGAUGGGUUCCGAAUGCCUCGCUUAAUGAAGUGUAAUGCUUGGCCCUGCCCCAACACAGUAGACUGCUUUGUUUCUCGACCCACUGAAAAGACAGUGUUUACUAUUUUCAUGAUUGCUGUGUCCAGCAUUUGCAUUCUUUUAAAUGUGGCUGAGUUAUGUUACUUACUGACAAAAUUUUUUCUCAGAAGGUCUAAAAAAGCUGGAAAUGCAAAACAUCACCCCAACCAUGAGAAUAAGGAAGAAACCAAACAAAAUGAAAUGAAUGAGUUAAUAUCUGAUAGCUGUCAGAACACAGUUAUAGGAUUUUCAAGUAGCUAAGGUGGUGUCAAUGCUGGUGUUCACUCUUUUUGGAGUGAAUGUUCUUUGUUUAAAGGCUGCAGAUUAAAUUUGUUAUAUGGAACAAUUUAAGUUGGGUGAAACUUUGAUAUGUAGUGCCAGGUGUCAAUUAUGCACAUGUCUGAAAAAAGUCAGGGCAGCCUAAACAUGUGAAAAUUGUGUGAGUUUUAAAUGGGAAAGUGUAUCUUCCUAUGAAUACCCUUACAAGCUGACUAUGACAAGUGGGAAACCCACUAAUACCUUCAUGCUGACACAGCUCCUGAAAACUACAUGCUACAGCAAUAAGAACAAAUUUCUUUCUAAGCUAGAUAUUCUAGUAUUACAA